AUGAACCAAAAAACUUUACUUCUGCUAGUCACCCUACUUUAUCUCCAUCAAACCUCAUCAUUCAAUAUAACCGAAGCUAUCAAAUCCAUUGGUCGGAAAAAACAAAGCGUCUCAGUUAGGGGCCGCUUGUUAUGCCAAAACAAUCCCAUCGGAGGUGUGGUAAGUUCUCACCUACUAUUGUAGAACGUUUAGUAAAAGAAAGUAAAACUGUACGACCACGACCAUUUCACGUUGGAUGAUUUGAUGGAUGCUGGUUAUUCUAGUCAAAAUGGCUACUUUUUGUUGGCCGGCUACAGCAAAGAGAUCAUGACUUUGAAUACUCAUCUGAAUGUGUACGUUUUAUAUUGCUUCUUUUAUAAUAUUUUCCUUUAGAUACCAUCGAUGUAAUUACACAACUCAAAUCCCUACUUGCUUUCAAAAGUUCACCAUCAAGAUUCCAAAGAGCUAUGUGUUGGAAGCUGAAGUCCCAGACCUUACCAAAGGCUAUGACGUUGGGCAAAUCAAGCUAGAGGAACCCCAACCUGGGCAAUCUACAGACUGUGUCAAUCUUAGCUAA